AUGUCUUACCGCGAUAACAACCAGCAAUACGGCGGCGGCGGCGGCAGCGGUGGCGGCGCCAGCGACAGCUACUACAACAAGAACGAGGACUUCUCCGGCGGUAACAGCAAUAACAAUAACAACUCCUACGGCGGAUCUGGCGGUGGCGGUGGCUACGGCAACUCCUCUAACGAGGGCCGCCCUUACGAGGGUCGCAACGAGGGCCGCAACGACAGCUACGGCAACCAGAACCAAGGCCAGGGUAACUACGGCGGUCGCCAGGAGUCCCACGGUGGCGGCGGCUACGGUAACGACAACAACAACUCUUCCGGCUACGGUGGCUCCAGCGGUGGCUACGGCGAUAACAACAACUCCUCCUCUGGCUACGGCAACUCCAGCCACGGCAACUCUUCCUCCGGCUACAACCAAAACCAAGACCAAGGCAGCUACGGCGGCUCCAGCGGCGGCUACGGCGACAACAACAACUCCUCCUCCAACCAGCACUCUUCCAGCCACAACGACCAAGGCAGCAGCAGCGAAGAAAGCUCCCUGUUCAGCACCGCUUUGAAAUUCCUCAAAGACCGCAAUACCAGCGGCGACGUCGACGAGCAGAAGGUCGCCAAUGCCCACCAGGCCAUGUACGGCUCCGGCAGCUCGUCGAACCAGCAGCACGAUUCCAGCACUGUUGGUGCGGGCGCUGCGGUGCAGGCUUUGAAGAUGUUCGCUGGCUCCGGCAGUGGGGGCGGCAGUGAUGGCGGCUUGGAUAAGAAUAAGCUUAUUCAGCUUGCUAUGUCUCAGGCUGGGAAGUUGUGGGAUGAAAAGAGUGGUUCGGGGGGUUCUGGUGGUGGUGUGUCCGGUGAUAAGCAGUCUGCUGUCAACUCUGCUGCCGAGAUGGCUCUUAAAAUGUAUAUGAAGAACCAGGGUGGCUCUGGUGGUUCUGGUGCUAGCGGGCUUAUGAGUCUUGCGAGCAAGUUCUUGUAG